AUGGGCCUUCCAUUAAGAAUGGACAACAUCCACGCACCAACUGUCCCCGCGGGACCCUCGUCUGGCCGCGUCACGAACGGCAAUGCGAAACAGCUCUCCUUUGCUGAGCUGCAACUCAAGAAGGAAAACAUGGAGGCCGAGCUGAAGGCUCUGGGCAGUGUUCUGGAUUCGCACGGUGCCAAUAUGGAAACUCCUCUUACCACAACUGAUGGAUUCCCCAGGGCAGACAUCGACGUUCCCCAGAUCCGUACGACGCGAGCGCGGAUAAUCCACCUCAAGAAUGACUACAAAGACAUUAUGAACGCUAUCGAGAAGCACCUCCACGAGCACUUUGCGAGCCUACAAGAUACCGACGACGUUGUGCCUACCUCCACAACCCAUGCUGGUAUGAUGGGUGAUUACAUCCCCCAGACUCUGGACGAGCCCUUUGCAAAAGUCAACAGUGUUGUCACGGACAGCCCAGCCGACACAGCAGGCAUGAAGGCCGGUGACGAGAUCCGGAGUUUCGGAUACGUCAACAAGAGGAAUCAUGACGGCCUCAAGAAGGUGGCUGAGUGCGUUCAGGGAAACGAAGGGCAACGGAUUCUCGUCAAAGUAUCUCGUCGAACCGAAUCAAGUACGAGCCAGGAGUUGCAGCUCAACCUAAUACCGAGACGCGAUUGGGGUGGUCGCGGUCUUCUGGGCUGCCACAUCUUGCCACUGUAG